GUCAGCUCUGCCUGCCCACCACCAGCCAUGCCCCACCUUACCGUGUGCAACCGGCAGCUUAGCUGGACUCUGACACUGGUGCUAGGGUAUCUCUUUUACCUCCUCCUGGGGGCCAUGGUGUUCCAGCUGCUAGAGAGGCAGGCAGAAGCCCAGAGUCGAGACCAGUUCCAAAUGGAGAAGCUCAAGUUUCUGCAGAACUAUACGUGCCUGGACCGGCAAGCUCUGGAGCAGUUUGUGCAGGUCAUUAUGGAAGCCUGGGAGAAAGGUGUCAACCCUGAAGGAAAUUCAACCAAUCCUAGCAAUUGGGACUUUAGCAAUAGUUUCUUCUUUGCCGGGACUGUGGUCACUACCAUAGGUUAUGGGAAUUUGGCCCCCAGUACAGUGGCUGGACAGGUCUUCUGUGUAUUUUAUGCUUUGUUUGGGGUCCCUCUUAAUUUGGCAUUUCUCAAUCAGUUGGGGAAAGGACUCAGUGCACACCUGAUUGACCUGGACAGAUGGGUCCACAAGCCAGGGCGAGCUCAGGUGGUGCAGACAUUAACAAUGGCAUUAUUUCUGACGGCUGGGACUUUGCUCUUCCUGGUUUUUCCACCAAUGAUCUUCAGUUACGUUGAAGGCUGGAGUUAUGGAGAAGGCUUCUACUUCACCUUUAUCACCCUCAGCACCAUUGGAUUUGGAGAUUAUGUAGUAGGCACUGAUCCUAGCAAGCACUAUAUUUCAGUGUACCGAAGCUUGGCAGCCAUUUGGAUUGUCUUUGGCUUAGCCUGGCUUGCUCUGAUCUUCAACCUGGGAGCAGACCUAAUGGAGAAAUUCCUACAACUUAAUUGGCAAAAGCCAGAUCCAGAGACAGCAGAAGCAACUGUUUCCAAAGGAGAGGAUAAUCCUGAUCAACCCAGGAUCCAUAUUCCCAGCUGAGUGUCACUCAUGGGUAGGCAGCUUAGAAGAACUUCUGUGGCCACUCAAGGUGGGUGGGUAUGAUAUACUGCCUUCCACCCAUAAUGACUGAGUAAUUUCAUAAAGGAUAGAGGGACUUUUUUCCAAGAAGAAGUAAAACCUUUGUGUACAAAAAGCAGCUGAAUGAAAAGGAAAAUGCACUGAAAGCAUAAUUACUACACAUUUUCCAUUCAACCAAUUAUCUCCCACUGAACUAAUUAUUAGAACAGGCCUAUCAUUAGAUCAGUUGGCUUAUGGGCCACUGGGUUCCA